AUGUUUAAAUCAACUUCUAAUUAUCCUAAAUUUGAUAUUCAUGCUCAUGUUUUACCUAAAGAUAUACCAGAUUUUGAAAAACAAUUUGGUUAUGGUGGUUUUAUAACAUUAAAAACAAAUGAUAAUUAUUCAGAUGGAUCAAGAGAUAUGAUUAAAAAUGGUCAAUUAUUUAGAACAGUACAAAAAAAUUGUUUUGACACUGAAGCUAGAAUUAAAGAUAUGGAUAAUGCUAAAGUUAAUGUUCAAUGCAUCUCAACAGUUCCAGUUAUGUUUAAUUAUUGGGCUAAACCUGAAGAUGCUGAAAUUACAUCACGUUUUGUUAAUGAUGACAUAUAUAAUCAAUGUCAAAAAUAUCCUGAUAGACUUGUUCCAAUGGGAACUUUACCAUUACAAAAUAUUGAAUUGUCAAUAAAAGUAAGUUGGAUUUUAAUAAAUUUAUUAUAA